UGCAGGUUUACCAGGAGAUACCCGGGUUAUACCCGUGCCAGGAUGUGUUUACCCUGCUCCGAUGAGCUGAUGAAGAAAUACAUUUUGCACUAAAUGGGAUGCGAUUGAUCUGGCAGCUGGACGGGAUGUCUGAAUUUAAUCCGGGGCUAUAACGGAGCCAGCCUGACCCAAUCUGACUUAAAUCUAAAAUUGGUCCAUUUCACAAGGACGCUUGUUUGUUUUUUUCAGGCUAAAGACAGGUAAUAAUUUGGGUGAGCAAAGUGGAUUACGAAACAUAGGCUGCUUUAUGUGCUGCGCUGUGGAAACGCGAUUUCACUGUGAGCGACGCUGCAGUGAAGAAAGACCGGUUCAUACAGGCUGAUGAAAAUAUCAUGGCAUAUGCUGCGCUUGAUGAAUAGACGCAGGUUUGGGCUAUUUGCAGCGCAUGGUGCGGCUUGUCACAAGGAUGUGAUCCGACUGGGAUACGGCUCCCUGAUUUGCAAAUCUUGCUCGGCCGCAUCCUAACACGGAGUCGCUCAUGAUGCCCCGGGCUUUGCGGAGACUUGUCCAUUUGGUGCUGUUCUGCCCUCUGUCCAAGGGCCUGCAGAGUCGUCUCCCUGCCAUAAAGGUAAAGUACUUGCUCCUGGCAUGGCUGGGCAUCCUGGUCACCAGCUGGGUCAUCUACAUGCAGUACGCCUCUUACUCUGAACUCUGCCGAGGACAUGUCUGCCACAUGGUGAUUUGUGAUCAUUACAGAAGGGGCAUAAUAUCAGGGUCGUCCUGCAAGGCAUUGUGUGAUCAGAGGACUCUGAAACUGCAGCGCUGCAUGUCCACCUCCUCUACGCAGCAGGUGUACAGUGGGCUAUGGAAGGAGAGGCCGGUGGUGAUCAAAUGUGGGAUAGAGGAGCCUGUGAAGAUGGACGGGGCUCCAGACUCUGUACUGCGACAGGAGAUGAGCCUUUUUGACAAACCCACCCGUGGAACCUCUAUGGAUGAGUUUAGAGAGAUGCUGCACAGCUUCCUCAAGUCUAACCUCGGGGAGCAGCCAUCUUUGAGCACCCUGGUUGACAGGGUCAUUACACUAGCUGAUGUCAACCAGGAUGGGAAAGUGUCUCUAGCAGAGGCCAAGUCCGUCUGGGCUCUGCUGCAGAUCAAUGAGUUCCUUCUGAUGGUGGCCCUGCAGGAGAAGGAGCAUACCCCCAAGCUGCUGGGCUUCUGUGGAGACUUAUACGUGACAGAGCGCGUGGGCCAUAGCUCUCUCUACAGGAUAGAGGUUCCCAGCUAUCUGCAGGCUCUGGUCCCUGAGGCCUUGAGCUCCAGCCUGAACCACUGGUUGGCACCGGCCUGGCCACGCAGGGCACGCAUCACCAUUGGCCUGCUGGAGUUUGUGGAGGAGGUCUUCCAUGGGUCUUAUGGAAGUUUCCUCAUGUGCGAUGCCAGUCCCCGCCACGUAGGCUACAAUGCAAAAUAUGACUGCAAGAUGGCCAACCUGCGCAGUGUGGCAUCAGAGGCAGUUGUGCGAGGAUUCCUGAGGGGCCGGCGCUGUGAGACUAAUGCAGACUGCACAUAUGGCCGGGACUGUACAGCCACCUGUGACAGACUUGUGAAGCAGUGCAACACUGAGGUGGUACAGCCCAACCUCGCCAAGGUAUGCGUGCUGCUGCAGGAUUUUCUGCUUUUCGGAGCGCCUUCAGACCUUCGUGGGGACCUAGAGAAGCAGCUGCGCACCUGUGUGACACUCAGUGGCCUGGCAAGCCAAAUGGAGGUGCACCACUCUCUGGUCCUCAACAACCUGAAGACACUACUGUGGAAGAAAAUCUCUAACACACAGUAUUCUUGAAAACAGGUUGAAAUCCAACCAUUAUCCAACCUGUACUUCCACACGACUGAUGGGUGAAUUAUUCUAUGAAAUACUGUAUGAACUGGGGUUUUCAAGGUUUUAGUAAUUGGUGUAUACAUAUUGUAUUUUAACUUUAAACUGACUGUGAAUAACAGGAUACUGUGAAAUAGUGAAUAUAUGAAAAAGCAGAUAAAUCAGACCGGUUCUUUGGGAACCUCACAUAAACCAUGUUCAGUUGUGUUACAAAAUGCUUUAUUUUGGGAAGCACAUUGAUCAAUGUAGAUAUAAUAUUCUCAGGGUCUUGCCUGUGAUUUUAUUUAACAAAUCCUAUAAAGAAACAGUUAGUUUUUCAAAAUGACAGACAACAAAUACACUGGAUAAUUCUGAGGGCACAUAUACUCCUUUGCAGCAUAAUCAAGUCCCAGCUGAAUUAGAAAUGACAAACUGUUACAUGGGAGGUGUGUGAUUGUGAAUUUGAAUAUUGUGUAUUUGUUUACUAUGUAUAAAUAUAAGCCACAUUUCAGGCAAAGAUCAGGCACAAAUAAAAAAAA